UUGAGGGCGUUCUCCUCCAAAUUUGGACGGGAAAGUUUCUGAACUUGGAUGGAGCGCUUGACAGGUGGUAUUCAUAAAUCCCCGAAAAUGGCCUAAAAUCUUGCCAAAAAGAACCGAUGUUUUGACAGGAUUGGAUAGAGGACAGCCGGUAGAGGCAACACAAGGCCAACAUGGAGUUUAAAGAGGUGUUUGCGGAUGAGGCGGGUUACGCAGAGCUGAAGAAGCACAUGAGACAAGCCACGGAUUUCAGUUCCUCAGUAAUGAGCAUCUUCCAAGAAAGAGCUGACAUUGAAUCAACGUAUGCCAAGAGUAUCGCUAAGUUGAACGCCAGGGCAAUGAAAUGCAACAAAGACGCCACAGGAUCCUUAAUGGCAGCAUGGAAUAUUUAUUGUGAACAUCUCAGUGAUGAAGCAGAAAGCCAUAAAGUAUCAGCCGAAUGCCUACUUGAGGACAUCUACAAGAGACUUAAGACCUACUUUGACAUGCACGUCAAAGCCCGCAAAACGGCAGAAGCAAAUGUGGACAAAGCGUGCAAGGCAUGGCACGACAAACGGGCCGAAAUGGUCAAGGCUAAGAAGUUAACUCACUCUAAGACCAAGGAGAGUGAAGGUAUGCAGGCUGUCUUGGAGAAUCCCUGUGCUAAAGGGAAGGUGAUGUCAGACAAGGAACUGGGAAAGCUUCAGGCUAAGAGCAGGAAGGCAGACGAGACAGCAACCAAGGCAGACACAGACUACCUGAGCCUCAUCAAGGCCACGGAGAGGGCCAGACACGAGUUUGAGAAGUCGCUGCGCCAGGCGGUGACGACGUUAGAGAAGCUGGAAAGAGAGCGGAUCGGGCAGCAGAAGGAGGUGCUGCUUUCCUACACGGCCUGCCUCUCUAAGAUGCUGGAACCACUCAAGAAGAAUGUUGACAGCAUGUCACACGCAGUGACCUGCAUCAACCCUGACGGUGACGUCAUGGCCAUUGCACAGCACAAAGGACGACAGGUGGAUCACCUCGAUCAGGUCCUCUACGAUCCAUACGAGGAGGAUAUGAGCAACAGUAUGACGCUGAACCGGCGACGUCAGUCGCUACACAACAAGCUACAGUCCAUAGAGGGCGAGAUACAGAAAGAAACAAAAGUUAAAGCUGGUAUAGCUCGUCUGUCCGGCGCCUACGCAGAAAAUCCCAGCUAUGCAGAUAUGAACGCAAAGGAAGACGUAGCUCAGCAACUCGGCCAUUCCGAUGAGAUGAUCAACAUGCUGCGCGCCUGUAAGUUCAAGAUCUCGGUAGCACUAGCCAUGAUGGACAAGAAACCCAAACCCAGCGACGAAAUCAGCUCCUUCAUCAAGACGGAGAAAGACAAACAGCAAGGAGUUCAUGUGAGCGUCUUGAAGAUGCCUAAGUCCGCUACCUUACCUCCAGUCAGUGAAGUGGACGGAAGGGGAACGGGAGACGGGGCCCACUACCUACCUCCUAGCCCUGACGAGACCAACAUUAACAACAAUGAUAUAGAGCAAGCCAAGCCGGUAAUUGGACAGUGUGUGGCCUUGUUCGACUAUGAGGCCACCGAACCCGAAGAGAUAUCACUCAAAGAAGGGGACAUCAUUAACAUCGUCCAGAAAUUUGAGGAUGGCUGGUGGCACGGCGAGAUAGGUGGGAAACGAGGCAACUUCCCUGGUUCCUAUGUGGAUUUACUAUGAAGAAGGUGCUUGAUUUCCAGUCUCGUCUACAUGCAGGGGACCAGUUGCAUGUAAGUUGAUUAACAGUGGGAUAUAGAUCAUGUAGAAAGUCAAAAGAAAAUCGCUUUUGUUUUUGGUAAAGUUUGCUCUUUACUUCAAUCGCUGAUCAGUACUUUAAUAUGUUUCUUUUAACCUCCUUAAAGGGAAUAUUCAACAUUUGCUUUUGCUGGAAGUUUCAGAAAUGGAUGGAUUUUUUUGGGGGGAGUUCAGUAUUUCACAGCAAAUAUUGCUACACUAACUUGUCUGAAGUUUUGUGUUCGUAGAAGCUGGAUUAACCAAGAAAAAGAAAUAUGUUCUUGAAGUCUGGUUCCCUGACCCAAUUUAAGAUGAAUCGGAGCAAUUUAUAGACA